AUGCCUAAAGUUCAACAAGAUGCUGCAAGCAAACUAGGAGAACUAGCGAGCACCGUAGCUGCUUUUCGUUCAUACCGCGUGAGAAAAAAAUUACAACAUGUUCGCCGCGAAUUGGAGGACAUAACAACCGAUCUUGAUUCCGGAUAUGUUGCUAUAACUUGGACAAAAUCUAACUUACCAUGUAAUCCAUUAUUUCAUUCCAAAAAAUCGACAGAUUCGAGUAAACUUUUGCCUGUAACCAAUAGCCAUGACGAUAGCAAUCUAACAAAUAAAUUAUCAACUAUUGAUAAUGAUAUCACUGACGAUCUUGAAGAGGAAAAUGAUCUGCUAAACAUAUACGUAAAUUCAAAAGUGAAGGGAGAAAAAGAAAACAAUGAUACACUAUUAUCAGAAGGGUCUAGUCCUGGCAGUUCUCCAGACGAUGCUAAUUCGGAGAAAUUAAAAGAUUUUGAUGUUAUUCCAGAAGCAGAUAGCACGACUAAAACUAGUAUUUUAAUCAAAGAGUCUUCGAGCAACAAUGCAAGUUCCGAGAGUGAUACUAAAUUGGAGAGCGUUACCCUAUCUAACAUAAAAGAAAAGGAACAUAAAGAUGGAGAUAACAACGAUGAAACAAUGACAACAAAUAUCCUAUACACGGAAUCCAAAGAACGUGGUGAGCUCACACCUGAAACAUCGCUUGAUUCAGCGAAUGAUGAGGAGCCGAAAGAAGAUGAUGUUGCAAAUAAUAAUAAUAAUAAUGGUAACAAAGAGAUAUUAUCCAACACCGAAAGUCAGAUUUCAUCCGAUUGUCAUCCAUGCGAUAAUUCAAUCCCUAAAGGUAGAAAUGAAGAUGACGCACCCCAAGCGAUGGAAGAUCAAGAUAGGAUUCCUAAUGUUGAAAAUGAAAAGGCAUAUAACAACGAUGCUAAUCAUAACAGAAAUGUGGUCAACAAUCCAGAUCUAGAGAGUAAUGAUCCGAUGAUAAAUCCUAACAAUGACUUUAAAGUACCAACUCCAACGUUGGUGCCAACACAAGAUAAUAAAAUAAAUAUUGCUUCUAUUAACGAUUCCUGGGAUAUGAUUGGUAAUAUGUCAUAUAUAAAUCGAAGGGAAAAUGUGGAGUAUGAUAAGUAUCCGAAAGAUAUGAAUAGCCUUCUAAAGUUACGUCGUGAACUAGCUACAGAAUUACUCUGGAUAGAACAAGCGAUUUUUAGUAGAAAAAAUUGCUUAAAAAUUAAAGCUCGAUGUCGAAAUGACGAGAUAUUUCCAGAAUAA